AUGAACCCAAUGGAUACACUACAAGACGCCAAGGCAUUACGGGGUUCAGCAGGCCAAGCGAGGGCCUCGACGGGACGCAUAGCAUCCCCAGCGUGCUCACUGCGUGCUGCUGCUAUCGUUGAGGACACGCCAGCCUUUGAAAGGGGGUCGGCGAAGGAGAGCAAGAUUCUCGCAGUGCUCGACGCGCAUUUGUCGCGUAUGGACCGCAUGUAA